AUGACGACGCGCUUGGCACUCCGACGCUUUUCGGCGAUUCCUUUACGUCGCCUCGGAGACAAACGAUGGUAUUCAAGCGCCGCCGACGGCUUCGACGCCACUUCAUCGUCCUCUAAAGCGCAACCGCCCAGCGAAGCCAUCGACGGUUUCUCGGUGUUUCCGCAAGAACUCCCAUCGAACGCGCAAGAUCCAUCGAAGGACGAUUUCAUCAACGACGCGACGUCUCCACCUCGAACGCGAGAGCAACAGAUGGAAUACAACAAACACGAGAGUUUACGAGACUGGUUAGGGAGGCAAAGCCGGAAACGGAGCGUGGACGAGAUUGUCGUUUUGACUGGGAACAUUCACCGAGGAAGCGAGAUAUUGCACAACGCGGUGUAUAACAAAGGGACCGGGUUUAACCACUCGGAGCGGGAACGCUUAGGCGUGAGAGGGUUAGUGCCGCCGAGAUUUUUCUCCAUCGAGCAGCAAGCGGAGAAGAUUUGGCAGCAACAGGUGGUGAUGCGAGAAUCGAACGCGCCGAAGAUUGCGCGGUGGCGUCAUUUGCAGGCGCUGAAAGAUAGGAACGAGACGUUGUUUUACCGAUUGUUACAAGAGCACGUGGAGGAGUUAGCGCCGGUGAUUUAUACUCCGACGGUUGGGGAGGCGUGUUUGAACUAUUCGCGUUUCUUUCGACGCGCGAGGGGGAUGUUCUUUACCAAAGACGACGUCGGGCACAUGCACUCGAUGACGUAUAACUGGCGAGGAGACGUGAAGAUUGUCGUCGUGACGGACGGGUCGAGAGUGUUAGGGUUGGGCGAUUUAGGCGCGCACGGGAUGGGGAUUUCGGUUGGGAAGUUGGAUUUGUACGUCGCCGGGGGUGGGUUUGAUCCGCAGGAAGUUUUACCGGUGUGCUUAGACGUCGGGACGAAUAACAAGAGCUUAUUGAACGAUAAGUGGUAUUUUGGAUUGAAUUCUCAGAGGUUGGAAGGGGGCGAUUAUUACCGCGUGAUUGACGAGUUCAUGCGCGCAAUUCGACACCGAUGGCCAAACGCGCUCAUUCAGUUUGAAGAUUUUCAAACCAAACACGCUCUGGAGAUUUUAACGAAUUACAGGAACGAUUAUUUGUGUUUUAACGACGACAUUCAAGGCACGGCGGCGGUAGUAUUAGCCGGCGUAUACGGAGCGUUGAAGGUGUUGGGAGGAAAGGACCGAUCGGAAAUUCGAAAGCAGAAGUUUGUCAUGUGCGGUGCCGGUUCAGCGGGCAUGGGUAUCGUCGCCAUGUUACACAAAGCGGUCGUGAAGAGCGGCGGUUUGAGCGAAGAAGAAGCUUACGAUAAUUUUUACAUCAUGGAUAAUAACGGGUUAAUUACGAACGAGCGUAAAUUGGAGUUUCCGAGGGAAGCCGCGGUGGAACCGUUCGCAAAAGCGAGGAAAGCGACAAAAGAGUUACCAGACGGCGCUUCCUUGUUGGACGUAGUGACGAAAUCAAAGUGCACCGCUUUACUCGGCGCAUCGACGGUGAACGGGUUGUUUACCGAGGACGUUUUACGGCAAAUGGGCGAGCAGAACGAACGGCCGAUUAUUUUCCCUUUGUCCAAUCCAACCUCGAACGCGGAGUGUACAUCGGAAGAGGCGGCGAAAGCGACCGACGGGAGGGCGGUUUUUUCGAGCGGAUCGCCUUUUGAAGACGCGAAAGGCGCCGUCUCCGGACGACUGAUGCGCGCGAACCAAGGGAACAAUCUGUACAUUUUCCCCGGGCUCGGAUUAGGCGCGCUGUUGAGCGGUGCAAAGACGAUUUCCGAGGAGAUGCUGGUAUCUUCAGCAAAAGCAAUCUCGGAUAUGCUCACCGAAGACCAAAUUCGAAGAGGUUGUAUUUUUCCGCUGAUUAAAGAGAUUCGUAACAUCUCGGCGAGAGUCGCCGUGAGGGUCAUAAAACAAGCCGCCGAGGAAGGACAAGCAAAAAGAAGCGUAGUGGCAAUCAUAGAAUCGGAUGAUGAACACGACACAAAGUUGUACAAGUAUGUCAAAAGAGCUCAAUACGUGCCUGAGUAUAGACCGACGGUAUUUCCAGUCGAAGAAAGUCGGAGGACGGUUGACGACUAUUAA